CAAAAGUAUCAAAAGCAUUAGAAGUCCGAAGUCGGAAAUCAGAAGUCCGAAGUCGGACCAUCUCGGCCAUCGUACAUUUCAGUGAAGAUCAAAAAAAGCACGGGAAAGCAGACACGUCAUGGCGGAAGUCUCUAAGCUCAAGAAACUUGCUUGUCAAACGAUUGAUAAACACGCUGACGAACUUAACGAGAUCAACAGAAAAAUAUGGGGAAACCCAGAACUUCUUUUCGAAGAAAAACUAGCCCAUCAAAUCCUCACAGAUUAUCUCGACAAGCAAAACUUUGAGGUGAGUAGACAUUGCACCAUGGAGACGGCGUUUCGUGCUUCAAGUGGUGGCGAACAAGGACCGUGUAUUGGGGUGAUUAGUGAGUAUGAUGCACUUCCAGAGGUUGGCCAUGCUUGCGGACACAAUCUGAUAGCUGAAUCGGGUGUGGCUGCUGGAUUAGGAAUCAAAGCUGCUUUAGAGGCAACAAACAACAAACUUGGUAAAGUUGUUGUACUUGGAACUCCAGCUGAAGAAGGAGGAGGUGGAAAGGUCAUAAUGAAUGAGAAAGGCUGCUUUAAGGAUAUUGACUUCUGUAUGAUGGUUCAUCCAACACCUGUAGACUCCACAAUGCCAUCAGUGUUGGCCAACAACACAUUGAAAGCAACUUUCAAAGGGCAGUCAUCACAUGCAGCAGCAUUUCCCUGGGAAGGUGUUAAUGCACUUGAUGCUGCUGUGGCAGCAUACAGUAGUAUCAGCAUGCUGCGGCAGCAAAUGAAACCAACAUGGAGGGUACAUGGUGUAUUUACUGAAGGUGGAGUCAAGCCUAACAUCAUCCCUGAUAGAGCAUGUUUGAAGUAUUAUUAUAGAGCAACAUCUGAUGAAGAAAUGGAUCACUUGAAACAAAAGCUUAUCAGCUGUUUUGAAGGAGCAGCAACCUCUACAGGUCAGUGGCUGCUGUAAUGUUUUUAUUUCAUGUCUCUUGGAUUUAUUUAUUUAUUGAAGUUGUUUGAUUCAUUGAGACACUGUACACAGGUGAAUGCAGGUUGCUGUAACUUUGUUUAUUGCAAUUUCGUUUGAGCUUUUCAGACUGAUGAUUUAUGCAGAUCAUUUGUUUGCUUAAAAAUACAUUGGUUGCAUUGGUAUUGACUGGUAGGGUGAUUGAUUGAGUGGCUGGUUGGUUGGUUGGUUCAAUGACAAACUCAGUGGUAGGUUUAUGAUUCAACAUUUUUGGUUCAAAAGGUGAUUGAUAUCAUAUAUGUAAAUUGAUGUUCUGGGUUAGGGACUGAUUGAUAGAUCCUUCUUGUAUCAUGUCUGACAUACUGGUAAGUUAAUGCACUCAUAGAUUGAGGUUCAUCAACAGGUUCAAUUGGUUGGUUGGUUUUCAACCGACUGAAGUUGAUUUGAAUUCAUUGGUUGACUGCUGUGCAUUGAUUGAUGUGAUACUGCAGUGUUAUUAUG